GGAAGAUUUGAGGAAGCUCCUCUGUUAAAAGGGUGGAGAGAUAAAACCUUCCCACAACAACCCAAAAUUUUCUGAGUGUCUUGUAAUUUGAGACUAACAACCAGAUUGCUCCCAAGAAUGGCUUCUUCAGGCACCUCUUCUUUUCAAUGGAGAUGGGAUGUUUUUUUGAGCUUUAGAGGGGAAGACACCCGUUUCAAUUUUACGGAUCAUCUUUGCAGGGAGUUGAUGCGGAGGGGUGUUCGCACCUUCAGAGAUGAUGAAGGACUUGAAAGAGGAGGAGAGAUUCAACCUUCACUCUUGAAAGCUAUUGAAGAUUCAAUGAUUUCUGUGGUCGUUUUUUCGGAAAACUAUGCUCAUUCAAAAUGGUGCUUGGAUGAGCUUGAUAAGAUCAUGCAGUGCAGCAGAGAAAAGGGCCAAAAAGUUCUACCAAUUUUCUACCAUGUGGAUCCGUCUGAUGUGCGGAAACAAACGGGAAGUUUUGGAGAAGUAUUUGCAAGAUACGGAAACGCCACUGAGGAGAGGGUGCCGAGAUGGAGGGCGGCACUGAGCCAAGCCGGCGGUUUGGCUGGAUGGAAUGUGAUGCAUGGGUAUGAAUCUAACAUCAUUCAUCUCAUUACUCAAAACGUUUCCAAUAUGCUGAAGCAUAAACGCUUACAUGUUGAUGAGAACCUCGUCGGAAUGGAUUCCCGUUUGGAAGAAAUGAAUGCACUAUUAAGUAUGGGGUCAAAUGAUGUUUGCAUGAUAGGAAUAUAUGGACUUGGUGGAAUAGGAAAGACCACCCUCGCCAAAGUAAUAUGCAACGAAAUUGCUCAUCAAUUUGAAGAUGCUAUCUUUCUUUCAAAUGUUCGUGAGGUAGUGGAAACCCAUCGAUUGCUUGAAUUACAAAGACAACUUCUAGCAGAUAUCCUAGGGGAAAAAUUUGUACGCAUAAGCAACAUUGAUGAAGGCAUUAGCUUGAUAAAGAAGACGCUCUGCUCUAGAAAGGUUCUUAUCAUUCUCGAUGAUGUUUGUGAUUUGGCUGACUUAGAAGCGUUGGCUGGAAACAAUCAAUGGUUCGGUUCAGGUAGUAGAAUUGUUAUAACAACCAGAGAUAAACAUAUAUUAGAUGCGCAUGGAGUUGAUCAAUUGUAUGAGGUUCGGGGAUUAGAAUCUGAGGAAGCUUUUCAACUGUUUUGUUCCAUUGCGUUCAAGAAAAACCUUCCUGAGGAAGGUUAUUUGAACCUCUCCAACCGUGCAGUAAAUUAUGGCGGAGGAAUACCGUUGGCUCUUAAAGUUUUGGGAUCUAGCCUAUAUGGUAUGACCAUACCUCAAUGGGAAAGUGCUCUGGAUAAGCUACAAAGAAAACCGGCAGUGAAAAUCCAAGAGGUACUUAGAAGAAGUUUCGAUGGACUAGAUCGCACAGAAAAGGAACUGUUCCUUGAUGUUGCAUGCUUCUUCAGAGGGGAUGACGUAAAUUUUGUUGCACGUAUACUUGGUAGUUCUGCACCUAGCGGAAUCAGAGUUCUCAAUGAUAGAUCUCUCAUCAGUAUCUCAGACAACAAGAUAAUGAUGCAUGAUUUGAUAAAACAAAUGGGUUGGGAAAUCGUUCGGGAAGAAUGCCCUACAAGACCUGGCCGAAGAAGUAGAUUGUGGGAUCCAGAGGAUGUCCGUGCUGUGUUGGCACAAAAUACGGGGACUGAGGCAAUUGAAGGGAUAUCCUUUGAUUUGUCGGCAUUAGGAGAAAUACAGUUUACAACUGAAGCUUUUAACAAUAUGAAAGGACUUCGACUCCUCAAGGUCUUCAGGGACGAACUUUUAUCAAAUGAUCCUAACACAGUGCACCUUCCUGAAGAAUUCGAAUUUCCUUCCUAUGAAUUAAGAUAUCUUCAUUGGGAUGGAUGGAGUUUGGAAUCAUUGCCAUCAAAUUUUAAAGGUGAGAACCUGGUUGAACUCAGUUUGAAGCAUAGCAGCUUAAAACACCUUUGGAAAGAGAAGAAGGUAAAGUGUCUUGACAAUUUAAAGGUCAUGGAUCUCAGUCACUCUCCAUACCUGGUUGAAUGUCCGGACUUGUCUGUUGCACCAUCUCUGGAGACACUAAAUCUUGAUGGUUGUACAAGUUUGCAUGAGGUGAACCCAUCCAUUGCUAGGCUGAAAAAUCUUAAAACGUUGAAUUUGGGAAACUGCAAGAUGCUUCACUAUUUUCCCAGAAUCACUGGAUUGGAAUCUCUUGAAGUUCUUAAUCUUUCUGGGUGCUCAAGACUUAAGAAGUUUCCAGACAUGGAAGCCAAUAUGAGGUCUUUAUUGGAGCUUGAUUUGGCAGCCACUCCUAUCGUAAAACUUCCCUCAUCGGUUGGGUAUCUCCGAUGGCUUGUUUUAUUAAAUAUGAAAAGCUGCAAAGACCUUUGGGCCCUUCCUGGCAGAAUUUGUGAUUUGAAAUCCCUCAAAACUCUCAUCCUUUCUGGCUGUUCAAAACUAGAGAGUCUUCCAGAGAACAUGGAAAGUAUGGAACAUUUGGAAAGGCUUCUUUUAGAUAGAACAUCUAUAAGAGAGCUGCCCCAUUCAAUUCUUCAUCUCAAAAGGCUUGUGUUACUGAAUCUUAGAAAAUGCAAAGACCUCAGGAGUCUUCCAAAUAGCAUUUGUGAGUUGAAAUCUCUUGAAACCCUCAUUGUUUCUGGUUGUUCAAAACUCAACAGAUUGCCAGAGGACCUGGGAAUGUUGCAAUGCUUAACGAGUCUUCAAGCUGAUGGAACUGCCAUAACAAAACCACCCAUCACACUUGUUCAUUUGACAGACCUUAGAGAGUUAUCAUUUAGUGGAUGCAAAGGAUCAACAUCUAACUUCUGGAUCUCAUCCCUUACAUUCAGGUUACUGCAUAGAGAAAAUUCAGAUGAUAUUGGUUUGCAGUUGCCUUCUUUGUCAGGUCUACGCUUCAUAGAAAAUUUAGAUCUAAGUGACUGCAAUUUAAUGGAAGGAACAAUCGAUAACAAGCUUUGCCACUUGGACCGUCUGGAAGUAUUAAACCUCAGCAGAAACCAAUUCGUUAGCAUACCUGCAGACAUCAGUAGACUUUCUAAUCUGAGAGUUCUUUUGGUGAGGCAGUGUCAGCGACUUCAAAAAAUUCCGAAGCUUCCACCAAGCAUAAAAUUAUUAGAUGCCUGUGAUUGCCCCUCCCUGAAGUCUUUACCGAUUCCAUCUCCGAUGAUAAUCCCACAACACCAGUUGGUUUCCACUUGGCUUUGUCCUGUAAAAUUCAUGCUAUGGAAUUGCUCCGGACUAUAUCCGGAUGAUGAGGCAAUGGUAUUAGAGAGACUUCAUCAGGUCUCUUUCUCUCUCUCUCUCUCUCAAUGGUAUUAUUAUAUUAACAUUAUAAAAUGCAUGGUGCAGAAACUUUUUCCAGAAAUAGGAUACAGUAUUUUGAUUCCUGGAAGUAGGAUUCCAAAGUGGGCCUGGCAUGAGAAUAUGGGAGCUUCAGUUUCAGCAACCCUGCCUCCAGAUUGGCUUGACUAUAACUUAUUGGGGAUUGCUCUAUGUGGCGUGUUUGCACUUGAGGCGGGCGAAACUAUUCAGCGGCUUGGUGGGAUUUGCUGUAAUUUUGAAUGCAGUGAAGGACCUUAUUUUAGUCAUUCCAUCUCUUGGACACACAGUGGAGACAGAGUUGUUGAGACGGACCACGUGUGGAUGGUGUAUCUACCUCGCACUCAAUUUGUGAAAUCAAAGUCUACCCAUGCCAGUGUGUUCAAGCACAUCAAGGCUUCUUUUAGUCUAUCAGGGGCAUCCCAUGAGGUGAAAAAAAUGUGCGAUCUGUCUUAUAUAGGCCCCAAAUACAAGUGGUAACAAAAGAAAAUUCCUCCCAGCCCCAAAUACCGACAUUGAUUUUAGGGAUAUUCAUGUAUUAAAAAAAAGAGAGAGAGAGAGAGAGAGAGGAGUAAAAGAAGAUCAAUAGUUUUGGUCCCUUUAAUUGCCCAUUAUCUUUAACUUCUUAUGGUCUCUCUGAAUUAUAACAAAUUGAAAAGGGAAAAUUGAGAGAGAGAGAGGUCCCUUGAGAACUUUGAUCCAAAGAGUUAGAAGGAAGAAAAUUUUAGUAUUUACUAUGUUAUACAAUUGAAAGGUAUGGAUUAAUUCUUUUAAGAGAA